AUGGUAGCUGCUCAAUUGCAUGAUAUAAAAGACGCCCUUGCACUUACAACACUCACCUGUCGCUCUCUCGCUAUUCGUUUUGAACCUGAAUUUUGUUACAGAGCGCGAAAUCAUAUCUGUAAAUUGGAAAAGUCUGUCCUAGAAUGGGCGGCAACUCGAGGCGAAGUAAGGCUCACCCGCAAGCUUUUGAAAGACAACAAGGCGAUAUCAUCCGACACGAAAGAUCUAGCCCUCUGUAAAGUUUCUAGCCGUUAUGUUGAUGAUUUAAUAUCGGAAAAUGAGAGCUUAGAGGUUGCGAAAAUACUGUUGGAAAAUGGCGCAUCGGCUAGAACUGGUCGAGAUCUCGAUAUUUUUACAGCUCUUCAUCACGCAGCUGGCAACUUCGAAUCGAUUGUGAAAUUGCUCUUAGAUCAUGGUGCUGAUGCAAAUGACCAAAUGAAUGCCGAUGGUCGUGCACCUCUACAUUGCGCAGUACAAGACACGAAAUCUAUUGUUGAAUUCGAGCCUAUUAUGAAGCUGUUAUUAGCGAAAGGCGCCGAUAUAAAUUCCAAGGAUUCCCAUGAGCGGACAAUUCUCUAUGAUGCAGUCAGACUAAGGGGUUCUAAAUAUACAAAGAUGCUGUUGGCGUACGGCGCUAGUGUAUACUCCCGCACCGAAGGCUUUACACCACUUCAUUACUCAACUAGGAACUGUGCUACUAUGCUUCUGCUAUUGAAUAGUGGUGCUGAUAUAAAUGCCCGUGAUGACCAUGGUUAUACAGCCCUUCAUUUAGCUAUUGGAGAGUCCAGAGAGGACUCAAUGAGGCUGCUUUUGAAUACAGGCGCUGAUAUACACGCCCGCACUGAUAAGGGCUAUACACCUCUUCAUAUUGCAGCAUCUAUCUCACCCUUUGAUACGCCAGAAAAAGUGAGGCUACUUUUAGAGAAGGGGGCCGAUAUCAAACUUCAAGAUAACGAUGGUUUGACACCUCUUCACUGGGCAGCCAAACAUGGACUAGAAAAUGCCUUAAAAUUGCUCUUGAGAGCUGGUGCUGAUACAGAGGCUAAAGACUCUCAUCAAUUUACACCCCUUCAUCUUGCAGUGAUAUCUGGGAAACCGGAAGCUGCACAGCUGCUAUUGAGAAGCGGCGCUGAGGUUAUGCCCCGAGACGACGACGGCUCUACGCCACUGCAUUUUGCGGCAGAAGCGAUGAUUGCAAGCGCAAGCAAUGUGAAAACGCUGUUAGACCACGGGGCUGAUGUAAUGUCUCGAAAUCGUGCCGGGUUCACGCCGCUGCAUUUGGCAGUAGUAGAAGCCAAUAAUGAAGACGCUGUGAGGACUCUCCUCGAGGCAGGCGCUCUUCAUUUUGUCGGUACUAAUGAAGAUAUUGAUGUUACACCACUGGCCUUUGCCAGGAGAAGAGCCGAUAGAAGACCCGGCUUCGAGACAAUCGUCAGUCUUUUAGAAAACGCAUGCGAAAAAGAAACUAGCGGACGUUGUCAGGUGAACUGA